AUGUCUGCUAAAAGAAAGGCAAAUUCGGACCAGGCAGGUAGUCAGAAUCGGAAGCGCGCACCUCGACAGGACCCAGUCUCAUGCCAGAGUUGUCGAACGAAGAAAUUAAAAUGUGACCGGCAGCAGCCAUGCCACAACUGCCAAACACGACGUAAUGAAUGUGUGUAUGCGGUCAACACAUUCCAUCAAUUCACCUAUCCCACACCACCAUCGACAACCACGGAAAGGUCUUCAUCAGUACCCGUUUUUACUCAACCAGUAGUAUCCGAAAUCAUCAGACCACCAUCGAAAGGUGGACAGAGAUCUUCAGAAGAUAAUGCACAGGAAAUAACUACUGGUUGGCUGGAGACUAUCGUGAUGGGACCGCGUAUGCCCGACGCUUUGCCCAUGUCGAUGAAAGACAAGCAUAUACCAAAUUGUGCUAAUCUACCGACGCCAUUAGCCUCCUUCUUACCUCGCGAGUCGGAGGCUAUCUUGUUGUUUAACUACUAUACCAAUAACAUAGACUAUGUCUACCAUGUGAUAGUACCAGAUCGGACUUUAUCUCAAAUCACUACGAUUUAUCAAAACGUGCACACCAAUUCUACAGUGAAUCUGAACCAUCUUGCAUUACUUUUCAGCAUCACUGCUGCGGCUCACUACUUUCGAAACAUGGGCUCUUUCAAUUCUUCAAAAGAAGACGAAAGAGAGGCCGAAAAGAAAUGUCGCGAGUUCACUACCCUUGUCGGUGCCGCACUAACGCAGAGCAAUUAUCUGAAUUAUCCCACAGUUGAAGGGAUUCAGGCGACAAUUAUCAUUUGUCAUUGUGUUUCUAAUCUGGGUCAAGAACCGGCUAUUCGGGCCUACUUUGUUCAUGGGACGAUGAUUAGUCAGGGAAGACAGUUGGGCCUUCAUCGCAUCGACUCUGUGCAGAGUAAAGAAUGUAGGAAGAGGAAUGGUUAUGAUCCAGUGGAGUUAGAGCUCAAACGCAGACUGUGGUGGCAGCUAGUUUCUUUUGAUUGGCUCUUGGGUUUCUUGAGUGGCCCUCAGGAAGGCACCUAUCUCAUACAACCUACUCAUAUGUCGGUUAAUAUGCCAGUAAAUAUCCAUGAUGACGAACUUGGACGACAAGAAGAUGGAUAUUGUAAUCCGGAAACAGUACCCACGAAAAUGUCAUACGCUAUUGAACGGCUAAAACUCGCCACCGUUUGUCGUGAGAUUAUAGAUGCAACCUGCCAAGAACAGGCUCAGGGCAUUGAAAUCGAAUACACUAAGAUUAUGGAUCUCGAUCGGAGGCUCAACCAGCAGUACAAACAGAUACCCGAGUUCUUCCGACUUGACAGCGUCACUCGCCGUAAAUAUGCGCAGCUUUAUAAGGAUUGGCCUCAGAUAUCUUGGCAGAGACUACUUCUUCAUCAAGGAUAUCAUGCACGUGUUUGUCGAUUACACCGAAGCUAUUUCAUAAGAGGAGCACAGGAUCCCACGUAUUCAUAUUCUCACGUCAUGUGCCUACAAUCUGCUCGUCGAGUUAUUGAGAUCAAACGGAUUAUGGAUAGUGAAAUCCAAAACAUGCCCGGUAGCUCACUGAUUUGGUCCGUCAUGCAUCAUGUGUUCAUGGCAGCGGCUAUUCUGCUGAUGGAUUUGUGUUUUAAUUGGGAUGAUAUCUUGGCGGAUAAGCGGCGCGAGGAGAUCCUGGAUGCUUGCCGGAUGCUGGAUAGGGCACAGCAACGCUCCAGUCUUGUGCAGGAAGGCAUCAAUGCUCUGAUGGAGGUGAUGCAGCGAUACUGGCGUCCAUCAAACGAACAACAGCAUCCUGAAACGGAAUCUCGUUCAGACUCAGUCUCGGGGGUUGGUGUUGGUGCUAGAGAUGAAGAUGUUGCGGUUCAUUCUCUAGAGUCAGAUACGAGCGUUUACCCGACAAACUCUUCGGAUUUUACCAGUAUUGAUAACCGGGGACUAGAGAAUAUGUGGUCCGAGUUUCUAGACAAUGGCGCUCCCUUGGUGGCCAAUCCGGAGGAAUGGGCGGGUCUGUUGGCUGACCUUACUGAUGCUACUAACCUUUAUGAAUAA